UUGACAUCCCGAGUACGACUUCUUCUACUCUUGCCACUCCCUUUACUCGACGCUCAUGGCUUGUUGUGCUAACAGGACAUUUUGCGCCCACCUGCACUCGUCUUCGUUCCAGAAUGGCCGACGACAACAAGCAGACGGCGUGCGAUCGCUGUCACAAGAGAAAAGCGCGCUGUGACAAACUCCAACCAGCGUGUUCCUCAUGCAUCAAGGCUGAAACAUCAUGUGUCUAUACCACACGCGAUCCCGCCAUUCGCCGGCAAGAUCUAGAAAAGCUCGAAAGAAGAUUACGCCAAAUGGAGGCCAAGAAUGAGGCCUUGACCAGUCAAUUGAGAGACGCGAACUAUCGUGCAACUCUCAAUAACUCGGCAGGAGCUGUUGGGGCGGCUUCCAGCAGUCAACCCACCAGUGCACUAUUGGCCAACGGCAGCAAUAACAACACCACUUCGAGCAACAAUGAAGUCGCGAGUCAAGUGUCGUUUCUCAGUUUGAGUGCUGGCGGAGAGCGACAAUUUCUGGGAUCUGCCAGUGGUUUACUUCUUGCCAGCCUACUGCAGGCCGACAGCCGGGCUAAAGGGCGAGGUGCUAUCCAAGACGAGGAUCAUCACAACGCCACACGCCGGUUCAGCAGUACUGUUGCUCGUCCGGGAACAAUGACACCAGACGUUACUGCUUUGCCCCCUAAUAUGCUCGCAAGAAGUCUUGUCUCUGCAUAUCUUGCUCACGACCAUCUGGCGUAUCCAUUCCUACAUGCAGGAAGAUUACUGCAGAUCCUCGAAGCGGUCUAUAAUGACGAUACAUUCUACAGAACACAUCCAUACGAAGCGUUCACUUUGGACAUGGUUUUGGCAAUCGCAACUGCUCAAGUAUCCAAAUUCGACUGGCAAGUCAUGCCUGAUGCCGAGACACAUCACGAUCGUGCUAUGAACAGGCUCGGCGUGGUGCUCGGCAGCGGCGGUAGUCUGGACGCAUUACAGGCUAUCUUGCUGAUUUGUCAGUACCGAGUAGGAAGUGGUCUUUACGACGCAUCGGCGAGCUUAUGGCAUCUCGUCGGCAUUGCGGCAAGGAUGUGCUUUGAGCUUGGCUUGCACCGCGAAUCUGUUUAUUACUCUCCGGAGGAUGGGGCCUCGGGGCUCGAUGAAGCGGCACUGGAACGGUCUGAAAUGAAGAGGAGAUGCUUUUGGUGUGUUGUCGCCAUGGACAGAGUCACCAGUAUCACACUUGGAAGACCACUCGCCAUUCACCUCGAAGACUGUGAUACGGAGCUGCCUCGCGCCGAGGCAAACAUCGUCCUCAGUCCGGACAACAGCUUGUCUCCCACGGAACCGAUCGGCAGUCCGCCCUGGCAGCUACGCACCGCGAUCUUCGUGCAUAUAGUGCGCUAUCGCCUGCUUUGCGGCAAGAUCCUGAGUUCAUUGCACAACGUCAUCAAAUCAAGGAUGACCGCGUCAUUUGACUAUGAGAAUGUGCGUCGACAACUCACAGAAGAGCUUGAGGGCUGGCGCUCAGAUAUCCUCAGCCUGCCUCUGGGCGCGUUACCCACGGAAUCGGACCGCUCGAGCUUUAGGUCUCGCGAGUGGUAUGAUCUACUGUACCAAAAUGGAAUCCUGAUGCUUUACCGGCCAUCACCGUCUUUGCACGAGGUCUCCCUGAACAACGACACACUGCAAAGGAUCUUUGACGCUGCGCAGAAAUCCAUCAGCAUAUACGCCUACCUGCACAAGUCGCGGCGUAUCAACUAUUCGUGCAUCACAUUGCACGCCGUGUUCAUUGCGGGUUUGUCAUAUAUCUACGCCGUGCGCUCGCACUUCCAGAACCGCCGCCGCCAAAUGCGUGGGUCGAUGGACCAGCCGUCCCUCCCUGCUUGUCUCGCCACAGACCCAAGCAUAAAUCAAAUCGUCAACACGACACGAGACUGCUCGAAUGUCUUGGUAGCUGUCUCCGAACGCUGGAGCACAGCGCGAAACGCGCACCAAGUAUUUGGCCGGCUUAGUGACGCGCUGCUCACGGAUGUAAUUGAGUUCCAGACCCAAAGUCGCAAUCCCUACACCGCAAUGACGCCCCAGCAACAGUAUACCGCUCCCAUGGCGCCUACGAUGCCCACCAUGAACGGUAUGACGACGACGCCCACGAUGCAGCAGUCCUUCCCAUCGGUGGCAUCUUCACAUGACCUGGAUUUCAGUUAUCAGGAGUGCUUUGACGAUCUGCAGAAUCUUUACACUAGUUAUGAUUUUGGGAAUGUGUCCAUGAUGCAGGCAUCGCAGGAUUGGCUCUUUGAGAUACAGUCUUUGGAUCAGAGCUACCCAACACAUCUGGGACAGUGAAAAAAUUUAGCUGUACCACGGGAAGGCCACCAAAGAACUACAGAACCAUGGUUGAUGCUUUGGGAACCCAGUGUUCGCCUUUGGUUCACACCGCCACCUGCACUUGGCAA